ACCCUUCCAUUAAAAGAAGCGUUUUUCCAACGCCGGCGCCACCACUCGCUUCUUCAUCUCCGUCGAACCCUAGCACCGGAGAUCCGAUCAUGUUGAUGCUCAUCAACUGCUCUCACUGCCAGACUCCCCUGCAGCUCCCGCCGGGAGUCAAGUCCAUCCGCUGCGCGCUCUGCCAUGCCGUCACGCAUGUCGCUGACCCACGCUCGGUGGUGCCAUCGCAUUCUCCGGCGUCCUCCCAAAGUUUUCGCCCCUCCGCCAUCACCAUAUGGAGCACCACAGGGCCCCCUCCGUCGGUACAUGGCCGGAAGCGUGCGGUGAUCUGUGGGAUCUCGUAUCGUUUCUCUCGCCACGAGCUCAAGGGAUGCAUUAAUGACGCCAAGUGCAUGAAGUAUCUUCUUAUCAACAAGUUCCGGUUCCCGGAGUCGUCGAUCAUCAUGCUCACUGAAGAAGAGACUGAUCCGAAUAAAAUACCAACUAAGCACAACAUAAGGAUGGCACUUUUCUGGCUUGUGCAAGGUUGUCAACCGGGGGAUUCGUUGGUGUUUCACUACUCAGGCCAUGGUUCACAACAGAGGAAUUAUAAUGGCGACGAGGCUGAUGGAUAUGAUGAAACUCUUUGCCCACUGGACUUUGAAACCCAAGGAAUGAUUGUUGAUGAUGAAAUCAAUGCAACCAUUGUCAGACCACUGCCUCAUGGUGCAAAGCUUCAUGCCAUUAUAGAUGCUUGUCACAGUGGGACUGUUCUUGAUCUUCCGUAUCUCUGCAGGAUGGAUAGGAAUGGUCAAUAUUGGUGGGAAGAUCAUCGUCCACCAUCCGGUGUUUGGAAGGGCACACAUGGUGGUGAAGCUAUUUCCUUCAGUGGUUGUGAUGAUCACCAAACAUCUGCUGAUACCUCGGCUCUUUCAAAGAUCACCUCAACCGGUGCGAUGACAUUUUGUUUUAUUCAAGCCAUUGAACGGGGGCAUGGGGCCACGUAUGGAAGCAUACUCAAUUCAAUGAGAACAACCAUCCGAAGCACUGGUGAUGCAACGGGUGGCGGUCCUGUUACAUCACUCAUCACAAUGUUGUUGACAGGAGGCAGCCUUAGCAGUGGCGGCUUGAGACAGGAGCCACAACUUACGGCUGGUGACAUGUUUGAUGUUUAUGCGAAGCCUUUCUCUCUUUAGUGGUACUGGGUAAUCCUCUAUCUGAUUAUUUUCUCGCAGCUUGGGCAUCUUGCUUGCUUGUGCUUGUAUAGUUUGUAUCAGUCUGGCAGUACUAAUUUUUUACAUAUAUGACAAUAUUCAUUCACAAACUCAUGUAUUUGGGAUGUAAACUUAUUUUUCACUACAUGUGAGGACAGCAUUGAAAAAUCAGAUUGUCGAUAAGAUGAAUUUUGCAAUAA